AUUCCGGGUAUGUAACCCUUUAUGGUUUGUUUUUUAGAAUAUUUUAUGUUGUUCCUACAUGAGGCUAGGAGGCCAUUUUCGCUUGUUCCAAGCAUUGUUGUAACCUAUUUUUCACUUUUACGGGUACAUCCCUGCACCAUAAUCUUUUACCAUACACAUACAAGCAUCGAUGCAAUAAAGAGUGAUCCGCCCUUAUUGUUUUGGUUUGUUGGUUUGGUAAACACUCUGCACAGAGGCAGAACAGUAAAAGAUUAUGACCAGGGACAACCUGUAGAACGAUGGCAACAGGGGAAGGGGAGAAACAACAGGUCAAAGACGAACAGGAUGAUAAACAAUCCAGGAUUCGGACUCUUACAGAGAAGGGUCAGGCAUCCUUUGACCAAACGUUCCUUGAUCUACAAGAAAAGUGCACUAGCGCGUGGAGGGAAGUAGAGGACCUCAUCGCAAAUUGUGAUGGUGACAAUACAGACAGGAAAUACCUAAGGACAACAGAAGAUCACAUAAAUGCAAAAUUCAAACAGUACCUUAAAGAAAGUCAAGCCCUAGCAAACUUCCUUGGAAGAGCUCGCACAGAACAAGCUCUACAGAAACUGGAGCAGCAUGAGUCUCAGUAUAGUACAUAUUCCGAUAUAGUGUUCACAUUUCGAGAUGUCCUACAUAAUAAACUAUUAGAGGCAGCCGAACGACUCUCGGAAAAGUUCGAAGUGAAAUCCAGGACUUCAUCACAAGCCUCAAAGACAAUAUCAGAGAUAUUCAAAAAAUGAGUGAAAGCGGAGACCCAGCAAACAAGACUUAAAUUCUUGGAAGAGCAGGCGGCUCUAGAAAA